AUGGUUAGACAGUUCACUAUUCGCUACAUCCUUAUUAGUGGCGAAAACGGCGAUAUCCUAGUCAGGGAUGAUGAGACAAUUCGCGAAUUGAAGGAAGAGCUUGAGGAAAAGACAGGUUACCCGGCCGAAAACCAGAUACUUUUGUUUAAUGGUCAAGUACUUGGCGAGGAUAGCACAAUCGAAUCAUGCAAAAUUCAGCCAGGCGAUUGUAUUCACUUAACACCCAAUCCCGUUGCUGGCUAA